AUGUGAUUGGUUUCGUACCUUGGCAACAAUCCGCCAUGUUUUGUCCUAUUAGCCGACGAGGUAUGAUGCUACUUUUUUUUAGCUUUUGCGGGCGUUAGUUCUGCUUAAAUUCCUCCUGAAACAUGAAGCAAAAAGAACUUGCAGCUCUGCCUAGCGUGGACGCAAAGCCCGCUCCGUCUGGUGACUUUUAGAGCAGUUUCUGCAGCUACGGGAAAGAGGAGAUCACUGGAAAACAUGGACAGUGAGGAAAUAUUCAAGGUUGUGAAGGUGAGUGAAGAAGUGGAGAGUGUCUGCACCCAAACUGCAACAAGCCUAAAAAAGAAGAGGAGCAAAUCUCAAGAAAACCAUCCUGAGAAACCCAAAAAGCCACGUUCUGCCUACCUGCUGUACUACUUUGAUGUUCAUCAGACUAUGCAAACUGCAACCCCAAAUAUGCCACAGUCAGAGGUCAACAAGAGGAUCAGCGAGAGCUGGAGAAGACUCAGUGUGGCUGAGAAAAGACACUAUCUGGAGAGAGCCAAGUUAGAGAAGGAGGGGAUGGAAACAUCGUCUCUUGGCUCUUCCAAACAACUGACGGGCUUCCGCAAAAUCUUACCCAGGGCCAACUGCUUUCUCUUGCCUAAAGGCAGUUUCUUAAGUCAUCAUCCUGGAGGCUUUCGACCUGAGGUGAACAUCAGCCCUCUAGACUCAUCCUUAGAAGGAGGUCUGCACUCAGUCUCCCUUCCCCUGGAGACCCAGCUCACGCCUGUAGGGUUGGCUGCUGAUGCAGAACUUCCAGAGCGCCACGUUGUUGCUGAUGUGGAAGAAGUGGAGGCAACUCCUUCUGUGUACCUCCAGAGAAUUUCAGCCCCCUCUUUAUCCCAAACCACAGCCUGCUCCAACUCUUGUGUUUCACAAGGUGCUGCAGACGUUACAGAGAACGGCGUCGCGCUGAAAAGUAGCUUGACACGAGCUCCCAGCAGCAGUUGCAACGGAGCGAUGGUGCGGCAAACUACACAGGUGGUAACCAUCUUACCCACACAGAACCUGCUGAAGGCUCAGUCUGUAGCAGCUGUUGGUUCCUUACAUCCCGUCAUGAUGAUCUCAUUAGGAGCCAAAACACAGCAAGCCACUUAUCCCUCAUAUAAAAUGUCUUUGAAUACGUACACACGGAGAGGUCAUGGGAGGUGUCACCACCCUGGCUGUUCAUUCUCAUACAUCACCCGUCACAAGCCAUCCACGUGUCCCGAGUGUGGGAGCCACUUGGGGGGGAAAUGGGUUCCUGCUGAAAAACAGACUUCGGCUUCCAAGUCGCUGUCGGGGACAACGGCAAAGGAGGAAAACGAAAGCUGUGAAGUCACCUCGCCACCUGCUGAGAGGCGACGAGCUGAUGUCAGUAAAACAAACACAGAUCGGAGCAAAAAGGAGGGCAGAGAUGAGCAGUCGAACAAGCGCCCUGCAGCACCAGCUGAGACACCACUAGGGGGCAGCAGCACGACACCACGUUCCCAGACUAAACGAGUGAAAAACAAGCCUAAAGUGGCCAGAAUUCAGAAGAGCAAGAGGACGAUGAGACCCAUCCUUCCUGCUCUCUACAACACAGGCGGUGCCUUUAUUCAGAUCCUAACUGUCCCACCAUACAAAGGAAAAGUCCCAGGUGUCGUCAGCAACAAGUAUUCCACUGUGCCUCAGGAGAGUUUCUCAGGCCUCAAACCCAGCACUUUAAAGCAGCUUGGUCAGACGGUCACCACAGCCACAACCAUCCAGGACACUCCUGCCCCAGCAGCCAGAUACGAGCACGUGUCUUCAGUGACUGAUGAAAGAGUCAGCGUGGUGACGGUCGGGCCUCAUAAACAGCAAACCGCUCCCAGCUUUCACCAGGAUUUGGGGCUGUCCACAGGACGGGGCAGGGGUCACUGCAAGAACCCAUCUUGUGAUUAUAUUUAUAAGAACAGACACAAACCUGCUGUGUGUCCCAAAUGUGGCAGCGACCUGACUCAAAAGAACACCAAACCUGCAAAGUCUGAGACUUUGUUGGACCCACAUCAGGAGCUGAGUCCCGCUCAGAGGGACAUCCAACGCCAAAGUACUGUGCAGCUACUUCGCAGCACUCUGCAGUAUCCUGAGAGUGAGGCUGAUCUUCAGGAAACCCUGACCUUCAUCCAGGAGCUGAACAGUUUUAAGCUUAUCAUGGUGCAGGCGGGCAAUGAGGAGCAGGAGACAGAUGCUAAAACGGAGGCGCUGGUUGAGUCUGGGUGGCCUCGCAGCUACGAGUCAGCAGCUACUCACUGUGGUCUGUGUAACCACCCUCUCUUCAAAGGGGAGCGUGGGACUGUAGCGGGACAAGAGGACGUCUGGCUGCUCACUGAGACGUUGAUGCAAACAGCGACCCUGCAGCUCAAAACCUGUCUGAAUGUUCAGUGUUUGGCUCUGCACAGUUUCACCGACCUGCAUCCAGGUUUGUUCAACAUUGGGAACAAGCUGCUGGUGAGCAUUGACUUGUUCCUGAAGGUCAGGGCCAACAUCAAACUGGGCCAGUCGCCGUCUCACGCUGUCAGCACUGUCCUCCAUCAUAUCCCGAGUCAUCCGGUCCACACUCUGAGUCCAGAGGAAUCGUCUCAAGUUCGGGAGCUUCUCCUGACCGGAUACUGGGCCUUCGAGAGCGUGACAGUCCGAGAUUACAACGACAUGAUCUGUGGUUUCUGUGGUAUCGCUCCAAAGCUCGAGAUCGCACAGAGAUGCACAAACAACGUCCUGGAGCUGAAGAACGUGGAGUUCACCUGGCCCGAGAGUUCAAUCUCAGAUGAAGUGCACGUGGAUGACUUCUGGGUCACCAUGGAGACUGAAGCUAUCGAGCAGGCAGCUUUCCCUGCAGACAUCCCCAUCACCCGAGUCGAUGCUUCCAUCAUCGCCCCCUUUGCACCCCCUUUGAUGAGGAGUCCAACUGUCAUCAACACAGAGAAGGACAAGGUUCUGCCACAAAUAAAGGAGCCCUCAGGAGAUCCGUCUGUUUUAGUUCGUCUGAUUCAUGAUGGCCUGCUGAGACUCGACAAGCUGGAGGAAAACAACGAGGAAGAGCUGAGAACCGUCCUGACCCGCUGUGGGGUGAACAUCCCUCCAGACUCCAGCAAGAACGAGCUGCUGGCCUCUCUGCUCCACCUGUACACACACACUUACAGUGGCCUCCCCACGGCCCCACAGCCUCCUGAACACCUGACUGCUGGUAAACUGUCCAAAGUCUGCCCCCACCAGGUGGUGUGUUCCUCUAAGUAUCUAGUUAGAGGAGAGACGGCUCGAGACCAUGUUGACCUGCUGCUGUCCUCGCGUUACUGGCCUCCCGUCUACGUUAGUGACUGUCCCCGUCAGGUGGCUCUUUGUGUGGACCUCCAGUAUCCAGAGCUGGCCAUCCAGAUGUGGGGCAGGAACCAAGGCUGCUUCUCCGAUCCGUUUGAGGAGCCAGGGUUUGUGUUGUGUUCUGAGCUACAGGACCAGCCGUACAGCGCUGACCUGUCUCUGGUGGCAGAAAACCAGCAGAUUCACCCUGUCACCAAAUCACUGUCGUGUUGGCUGGUUCAUCCUCCUGGAGUCUCCCCGGGGCCUCCUGCUUCAGAGCACCACUCCAUGGCCCUCUGCAGCGACCUGGAGCCCUACUGUGCUCUGGCAGCAGAGCUGCUCUCAGAGAAGGAAGAGGAGGAUCGGACAGAGGGACGACUGAAAGAACAGACGGAUGCACCAGAGAACGACUUCAAAGACAAACCAGAGGACUGUUCAUCAAAAGGACAACCCAUCAUCUUCACUAAUGCAGCUUAUUACUACCUACACAACCGGCUGGUAGAUUUCCUCACCAGCAGAGAGCUGGUGAACCAGCAGAUCAGCCAGGUGGUGAAGACCUGCCAGCCUGGGGAGGUGGUGAUCAGAGAUGCUCUGUACAGACUGGGGGUGGCACACAUCAACACAGAGUGAGAGGGUGACUGUGUGAAAUAAGAAGAGUCCAAAGACGAGCAACAAUAAAAGACUGCGAGACGAGAUGCAAAUGCUAACACCUACCUUCCUGUUAGUGAAGAAGAGCUGGAACACUGAACACACACCUGUGGAUGAUGCCAAGCAGCGUUGAUUACUGCUGAGAAACGAGUCAUUUUUAUGUUUAAUAACUAAUAUUUAGACUUCCAUAAGGGUACAUCUGUCACAAGUGGCUAUGAUAAAAGCAUCCGCUAAUUACAUAAACAUUCAAGGUAAGGCAGACUGAAUGUCAAACUGUAGUAAAUGAUGACUGUGAAUUUUUUUUGUUGGAUUUUCUCAAAUCUUUAAAUCACAUCUAACCUUAUUUAUUAUCUGUUAAAACAUGUUUUCAACGUUUACCUCUGAGAUGCCUUUUGGACUGAAGUGAGCUGUUUUCAAAGGGAUGAAUUUGUUCAUUAAACUAAGUCCUGAGAUGGUGA